AUGGCCUCUGCUCGUUCCCUGAUGCGGUUGGGCACCGGCCGCUCGCUGGCUUCGGCCGCGCGGUCGUCCCGCAUGUGCCGUCCUUUCUCGACGACCCCUCUGCUGAAGGAGUCGAUCCCCGAGCCUCCCAAUAUGCGCCAGGCUCAGCGUCCUCCUGAGGGCGCUCUCCGCGCUCCCGUCGUCAACCCUGCCGACAAGUACCAGGACAAGGCCGAUGCUCUGCACCAGUACGGCCAGUACAUCAUGUCCUGUCUGCCCAAAUACGUCCAGCAGUUCACCGUAUGGAAGGACGAACUGGUCGUUUACGUCCCUCCCUCCGGUGUUAUCCCAUUGAUGAGCUUCCUCAAGUACCACACCGCCGCCGAAUUCACCCAGAUCUCCGAUAUCACGGCCGUCGACUUCCCCACGAAGGACCAGCGUUUUGAGGUCGUUUACAACAUGCUGAGCGUUCGUCACAACUCCCGUAUCCGUGUGAAGACCUACGCCGAUGAGGCCACCCCGGUUCCCAGUGUCACUGGUCUGUUCGAGGGAGCUCUCUGGUACGAGCGUGAAGUGUACGAUAUGUUCGGUGUCUUCUUCACUGGCCACCCCGACCUGCGCCGUAUCAUGACCGACUACGGUUUCGACGGCCAUCCUCUGCGCAAGGACUUCCCCUUGACCGGAUAUACCGAACUCCGAUAUGACGAAGAGAAGAAGCGCAUUGUCAUCGAGCCUCUUGAACUUACGCAGGCAUUCCGGAACUUCGAGGGUGGCUCUGCCGCCUGGGAGCCUGUUGGACCGGGCGAGGACAGAACCCCCGCGUCGCUCUCCGACGUGGACUCUGGUCCCAAGCGCACAUACAACGUGCAAACCAUGCGCCUGACGCAAAAGUUCGAGCAGGGCGUCGUCCUCCUAUCGCGAGCGCUGAAGGUCGCCAAGGGCUUCGAGAGGCAGAAAUUAUCGAGGAGAGAAAAAACCGCCAAGUCGCAGGGGAGCUCCGAGGCGUUGCAGAAAAUCGCGGAGGAGAUUGAGUUUAUCAAGAGUCUUGAUCCAACCGCUACGGCGCAAAAGUAUCUUUUCAAACAGUUGUUCAAGACGAAACGGAUUUCCGAGGCGCCUGCUUUUAUCCAGUUUAAGGAGUCGAAGAAUAUCUCUGCGGAGGGGCCGCGGAGUACGGCUGAGGCGAAUGUUACUGCGCGAUUGUAUAAGUCCAAUCCGGUGAAGAAUGCGUUUCCGAAUAUCAUGACCGAUAUCAAAAAGCUACUAGGGGUGGAGGACGUGGCUGGUGGAAAGAAGGAGAAGAGCAAGGAGGCUGGGUCAAAAGAAAAUGCGCCAAAGACGAAGACGGAACAGCGGGCUGUAUCCGUAUCAGAUAGUGAACCGGAGGACCCUAGAAUAGCUGCGGCAGUUGCGAAAUUCGAUGAAGAGGAAGGAGAGGAAGGCGAGGAAUCUGAGGAAGGAGAUGAAGUCAUGAGCGAUGCGGAGAGUAUAGACUUUGCGCAAUUCGAUUCGAGGCUUGCGCCGGGUUCGGAGGAUGAGGAUGAGGAUGGUGCAGAUGGUGCAGCGAGUGAUGAUGAUGGCUCCGACGGGGGCGUCAGUCUAAAAGCACCGUCUGACAUGUCUAUCUCCCGGUCUCCAUCACCGGACUCGCCGCCGGCUAAGAAGGCCAAGAGCAGCAAGACAUUGAGUGCCCCAGCUACCAGUACAACAUUCCUGCCUUCCCUAACCAUGGGUGGAUACUUUUCCGGGUCGGAGUCUGAACCAGAAGACAUCGAGGGACAACAACCACGCCGGAAGAAUCGAAUGGGUCAGCAGGCGCGUCGUGCCUUGUGGGAAAAGAAGUACGGCAGUGGAGCAAACCACGUAAAGCAGCAACAGAACCAGCAAAAGAGGAGUCGUGAUAAUGGCUGGGAUAUGCGCCGGGGUGCAACGGAUGGCUCCGAAGGCCCGAGAGGAAGGCGAGGCCAGGGACGAGGUGCGAGGCCUCAGUAUGGUGGAGACCGUCCUCAGCGUGGUCCUCCUGUACAGAGGAGAAAGCCCGAGGAUGACAAGCCCCUGCAUCCUUCCUGGGAGGCAGCCAAGCGGGCUAAGGAGCAGAAGGUUACGGCUGCAUUCCAGGGUAAGAAGGUCACUUUUGAUUAA